CACUCUUCCCCCUCCCACCCCUUCUCCCCGCUCUAUAAAUCACUCCCUGCUCUCCCACAGAAGAGUCAAACUCCAAUACCAUCCAUAAUCUCCAAGUAGAGAAGAAAAACAGAGUGCGAGUGAGUACUCAGAGAAAAACAGAGUCCCCCCCAGAAAACAGAGCAUACCUCCUUUCUUUCUUUCUUUCCACAUGGAUUCGUCGAGGAAAGAGCAGCAACAAGACCAGAACCAGAAGGAGAGCAAGAAGAAGAGAACUGGGGUGUGGGUUAAUGGGCCGAUAAUCGUGGGAGCAGGCCCAUCUGGGCUAGCAGCCGCCGCUUGCCUGUCGCAACACGGAGUCCCUUCCUUAAUCCUCGAGAAAUCCGACUGCAUCGCCUCCCUGUGGCAGUACAAAACCUACGACCGCCUCAAGCUCCACCUCCCCAAGCAAUUCUGCCAGCUCCCCUUUCUGGGUUUCCCUGAAAACUUCCCCAAAUACCCAACCAAGCACCAGUUCGUCUCCUACCUCGAGUCCUACGCCGCCCACUUCAACAUCCGCCCAAACUUCAACCAAUCCGUCUCCUCCGCCGAAUUCGACCCCGCGAAGUCCCUCUGGAGAGUCCACACCGACGAAUUCGUCUACAUUUCCCGGUGGCUAAUCGUCGCCACCGGCGAAAAUGCAGAGCCUUUCGUCCCUGAAAUCCGCGGGCUGGGCAAGUUCAAAGGGAAGGUUGUCCACACCAGCGAUUACAAGUCGGCCAAGGAGUUCGGCGGCCAGAAGGUUCUGGUCGUCGGCUGUGGGAAUUCCGGCAUGGAAGUUAGCCUCGACCUCUGCCGGAACAAUGCCGUGCCUUAUAUGGUGGUUCGCAACACGGUGGUGCACGUUUUGCCGAGGGAGAUGUUUGGGAUGUCGACGUUUGGGGUGGCGAUGGCGCUACUGAAAUGGCUGCCGUUGAAAAUGGUUGACCGGGUUUUGCUUCUGACGGCGUCUUUCAUUUUGGGGAGCACCGAUGAGUUGGGCCUCCGGCGGCCCAAGACGGGCCCGCUCGAGCUCAAGAAUGUUACUGGGAAAACCCCUGUGCUCGACGUGGGGGCCCUCUCCCAAAUUAGAUCCGGCAAGAUUAAGGUAAUGGAAGGGGUGAAAGAAAUAACUAAAUGUGGAGCAAAGUUCAAUAAUGGACAAGAGAAGGAAUUUGAUUCAAUAAUUUUGGCUACUGGUUACAAGAGCAACGUUCCCUCUUGGCUCAAGGGGAGCAAUUCUUUUACGGAAGACGGGAUGCCGAAGACGGAGUUCCCCAACGGUUGGAAAGGGCACGAGAAGGGAUUGUAUACGGUUGGGUUCACCAGAAGAGGGUUGCAGGGGACGUCAUCGGACGCCGUUAAAAUCGCCGCUGACGUGGCGUCGCAGUGGAGGAGCGCGGAGGAUUGCAGCAACUCUUGUCAUUCCCAUAUUAUCCUCUUGAUAGGUGAGAAUUGAUGUUAAGAGAGGGCAAAGAAGGGAAGGAUUGAUUAGUCAUUUUUGCCUCACUAUUAAGUGAAGUAAAUCCCAGCAAUGAGAUUUUACCCCUUCUUAGUUUUUUCUUAAAUUAAUUUUUUUUUUAAUCUUCAUUUUCUCCUUCGGGUGUGGUUCCUGUAAAUGUACCAAUUUUGGGUUUUCUUUUCCCUUCUUCUUUGGGCUCUUGUA